AUGAAGGUUGCUGAAGCGCUAUUGAAUCCCCUUGGAGAAGACGAUGACGAUUUCGAAUGCAACUUUCUGAUAGACAAAAAUAUCGCUACAGGUAUGGCUAUCGUGGACAACACUUGCGGUAUUUGUCCUCGGCUUAUACAGGACCAAUUCAUUGAUCCCGGCUUUCAGCCGGUAUAUUCUGAAGAAAGUCACAAAAAGGGUACAGACGGUGCUUUGCAAGGUUCAGCUGAAGGCAUCGAGUGA